GGUCUUCCGCCACAUGGGGGCGUGGCCAUAAGAGUAGCUAGCAUACUGUACCAGUGAGCUACCUGUCGGCUACCAACAGGAAGGCUAACUUUGAGGAAAUGGCCUGCGUUGGAAGAGCAGCGAACUUGCUAAGGAAUGCUGUUAAGGUCUCACGGUCUCCUAAAGGCUUAGCAUGGCACCGAGUUGUCGGACCCACCAUUGGGGGUACAAUUGUCGGAGCGGGGGUCAUCUGUUAUUAUUACAAAUUUAAUGUAAACAGCGCAAGUUUGCCUCUCUUCGUCGUUCACGCCGAAGAGCAAAAACAGGCCCCGGCUCCACAGAUGUCCGCCCGAAGGAGGCGUUUUAUCCAGUUUGCCUCAGUUGUUUACAACGAGGAACCCUACAUGACACCGAGAGACUUCCUCUUCUCUGUGAUGCUGGAGAAUGUUGAUCGAAAACUGCAGAAAAGAGUCCUAACAAAAGAAGAAGUGGAUAAGAUGGUGACCGCCGCCUCCAAAGCUCGACCUGGCAAUUCUUUGUUCAGACUCUGGGGAGACAACGGUUUGAUAUCCUACACAGAAUAUCUCUUCUUGCUCACCAUUCUGACAAAGCCACGGACAGGAUUUCAUAUCGCUUUCAAAAUGCUGGACGUGGAUGGGAACGAGCACGUGGACAAAAAGGAGUUCAUGAAGCUUAAGAACAUCAUUGGAAAAAGUAAGAUGAGAAUCUCAAAGCCGGGCACAGAUAAACCGACGGAAGAAGUUGAGCCUGUGAAAACCACACUGCAGGCUUACUUCUUUGGGAAGAGGGGCGAUAACAAGUUGCAGUAUCAAGAGUUUCACAAGUUCAUGGAGGACCUUCAGGCCGAAGUCCAGGAGAUGGAGUUCCUGCAGUUCUCCAAAGGAAUGGACACGAUGCGGCGGGAAGACUUUGCCGAGUGGCUACUCCACUACACCAAUGAGGAAGACAACGAGGUCUACUGGGAAAACAUGAGGAAGAGAAUCCCUGCUGGGCAGAGCAUCACAUUCGAGGAGUUCAAAGCCUUCUGCUUGUUCACCAACAAUCUGGAGGACUUUGCAAUAUCCAUGAAGAUGGUCAGUGAAGCCAACCGUCCCGUGGGAAUGGCCCAGUUCAAGCGAGCUGUGAGGAUCGCCACAGGUCACGACCUGUCGGAGAACGUGUUGGACACCGUCUUUAAACUCUUCGACAUGGACGGCGACAACUGCCUGAGCCACAAGGAGUUCAUCGGAGUGAUGAAAGACAGAGUUCUUCGAGGCCUCAAGACAUAAACCAGAUCUGGCGGCGCCGAAGAGGCUUAGAUUGUCGUUGGGAGUGAUGAGGAUGUUCAGGAUUAGAAAGGGAACAGAUCAGAGAAACAGCCUGUCUGGAGGACCAGGUCAGAGAGGUCAGCCUGAGGUGGUUCAUCCACGUGAGGACGAGGGAUGGUGAUUGUAUUGGAUUAGAAGGAUGCUGGAGGUGGGGUUGCCAGGUAGGAAAAGAAAGGGAAGACCACAGAGGAAGUUUCUAGAUGUUAAGAGAGGACAUAUAGGUGCUCAGGAUGAAACGUGCACCACUGUGGCGGCCAAAAGUAGCAAACCUGCUAACAUGUACUCUUUUUAUGUAUUUUGACCCUUCAAAACAUACUGCACAUC